AACAGAGAUGGCGAUGUGAUCGCCGAUAUCGAAACAGCCGCCUAACAGAGAGUAAAGGAUAGAAACCACUAGGAGUUUCCAAAUGUCAAUUGUCAUUUGUUUCGUGAUGUCACCUGAAUAAGUCAGCUGACUUCAGCAGGACUGUAGGGAGGAUUAAGCUGCUGAAGAGGUUUCGUUCUAUAGUUUAUCAAAAUGUCUGGAAAAGAGAGACUUGCGAUUUUCCCUUCUAGAGGUGCACAGAUGCUGAUGAAAGCUAGAUUAAAAGGAGCUCAAAAAGGUCACAGUUUGCUGAAAAAGAAAGCAGAUGCCCUUCAAAUGAGAUUCCGGACAAUUCUGGGGAAAAUAAUUGAGACGAAGACCCUAAUGGGCGAAGUCAUGAAGGAGGCAGCGUUUUCCUUGGCGGAAGCCAAAUUUGCCACUGGAGAUUUCAACCAAGUUGUUUUGCAAAAUGUUACCAAAGCACAAAUUAAAGUUCGAACCAAGAAGGAUAAUGUUGCAGGAGUUACACUGCCUGUGUUUGAGAGUUAUCAGGAUGGAACGGACACGUACGAGUUGGCUGGUCUGGCUCGUGGUGGUCAGCAACUGGCCAAACUCAAGAAGAACUACCAGAGUGCUAUCAAGUUGCUCGUGGAACUAGCCUCUCUGCAGACCUCGUUUGUCACUCUGGAUGAUGUCAUUAAACUCACAAACAGGCGUGUCAAUGCGAUUGAACAUGUGAUCAUUCCUCGUAUUGAGCGUACACUGGCAUAUAUUAUUUCUGAAUUGGAUGAACUUGAACGAGAAGAGUUUUACCGGUUGAAGAAAAUCCAAGACAAAAAGCGAAUAGCUCGUCAGAAAGCAGAAGCUAAAGUUGAAGAAUUGAAGAAAGCAGCUCUAGCAACUGGCAUGGACGUUCCCGUGGUUAAUAACAUGCUUGAUGAAGGUGACGAAGACUUGUUGUUUUAAUCUGUUGUACAGUUACUUCCUCAUGAAUGUAUAUACAUUAGUUUCAUCAGAACGAUUGUAGAGAACCUAAAGGGACAUGGUGUUCUGCUGUAAUAUAAACAAUGUGCAAUUGUUGAUAUGUUUUUCUUCUUGCAAUGUCUCAAACAUUCCACCGAGUUGCUUUCAUUGUGAACAAUGAGAUUUAUAACUUGAAAUAUUUGAAUGCAACACAGGUAAUGGAAAUUUUUUGUGUAAUUUGAGAAACAAGUCAUUAAAUGUUCCCUAACUGUAGAUAAAUUUUGUCUCUGGUGGAUGUAACUUCCAUGUUUAGAGGUUAUUGGUGUAUAGCUCUAUUGUACUCGUGCAAUAUAUGUGUGUACAGUGUACUAUUAUAUGAUGUAAAUGAUGUAAUGUAAUGUAAUGUUGAACAUGUGUGUAAUUGCUCAUGAUCAGAAAUAAAUCUUUAAUCCACUUU